UAAAAUUCUUGAAAUUCAUCCGGCAGCACUGUCCUCUUAACUUUGACAUUUAAAAGUGAGGUUAAGUUCUAUGAGUUUAUAAACAACUUUAGCAUAUCCAUCAACAAAAUAUUUUAAAAAACAAAUAGACUUUUUUAACAUAUUUUCUACCCAUUGUACUAUGUCAUCUCUUAUGAUGGACUACGAAUUCAAAAUGAAAACCCAAAAUGAGAGGGUUAAAGUUGAAGAUUUAUUUGAUUAUGAGGGCUGUAAGGUGGGCAGAGGAACUUACGGGCACGUAUACAAGGGUCGACGAAAGGAUGGCUCGGACCCAAGAGAUUAUGCAUUGAAACAAAUAGAAGGAACUGGUCUAUCAAUGUCUGCAUGCAGAGAAAUAGCACUUGUUAGAGAGUUAAAACACCCAAAUGUGAUAAGUUUAAUACGAGUAUUUCUAUCACACAAUGAUAGAAAAGUGUGGUUGUUAUUUGAUUUUGCUGAACAUGAUUUAUGGCACAUUAUUAAGUUCCAUAGGGCAGCUAAGGCCAACAAAAAGCCAGUAAUGGUGCCAAAGGGAAUGGUAAAAUCUUUACUGUACCAAAUUUUAGAUGGUAUUCAUUAUUUACACUCAAACUGGGUGCUACACAGAGAUUUGAAGCCUGCCAAUAUUUUGGUUAUGGGAGAGGGUACAGAAAGGGGCAGGGUUAAGAUUGCCGAUAUGGGUUUUGCAAGAUUAUUUAAUGCCCCUCUAAAACCAUUAGCUGAUUUGGACCCUGUGGUGGUAACGUUUUGGUACAGGGCCCCUGAGCUGCUUUUAGGAGCAAGGCAUUACACCAAAGCUAUUGAUAUAUGGGCCAUUGGAUGCAUUUUUGCUGAACUGUUAACUUCAGAGCCUAUUUUUCAUUGUCGACAGGAAGAUAUUAAAACAAGUAACCCAUACCAUCAUGACCAACUUGAUAGGAUAUUUAAUGUUAUGGGUUUUCCACAUGAAAAAGACUGGGAGGAUAUUAAAAAAAUGCCUGAGCAUCCUACACUACUUAAAGACUUUAAAAAAUCAAAUUAUGUGAAUUGUUCUUUGGUUAAAUAUAUGGACAGGCAUAAGAUCAAACCUGAUAGUAAGGCCUUCCAUUUACUACAAAAACUGUUGCUUAUGGAUCCCAAUAAAAGAAUUACUUCGGAACAAGCCAUGCAGGAUCCAUAUUUUUCAGAAGAUCCUCUACCAACAACAGAUGUUUUUGCAGGUUGUCCCAUUCCAUACCCAAAGCGCGAGUUUUUAACAGACGACGACCAGGAAGAAAAAAGUGACAAUAAACGUCAAAAUCAACAACAGGCCCAACAACCUCAGCAGCAACAGCAAACACAGAAUCAGCAACAAUCUUCCGGAAACGACAAUCACGGAAAUCCGGCUAAAAGAGUUAGGCUAAAUGGCCCACCGCACCCAGGACAAGUUAACCAACAAAACAUGCAACAGCAACAACAGCAGGAAUUCCAUCAGCAGCAAAUGAUGUAUAACAACAGUUCACAACAACAGCAGCAAAAUUUCCAACAGAGAUUCUAAAGAGGCUGUUAUACUUUUUUUUUAUAUUUUAUAUUUUAUAAUAGAGUUAGUUAUGUUAACUAAUUUAAAAUAAAAAACAAGAUAUUUUUUAUUUAAACACG